CAUAUGACACUUAAUCUUUUUACCGACGAACUACUUUUUUAGUCUCUUAAUUAUUCUUCCGCGACACACCUGUCGGAAUAUUCAACAGGUGUGAAAUUUGUGACGACACCGGAUGACUGUCUCAGGAAAUUUGACGUUUUGCAUGACAAGUUCCAAACAAAGAUAAGAAAAUUCAAGAACGACUUUCCUGAGGUUGACAUUUGAGGACAGACAUCACUAACUGAACCAUGGAUGGGGGUAAGAAAGUGUGGGUUCCCCACCCCACAGAGGGGUUCAAGCUAGGACGAAUUGUGGACAUAGGGUCAGAAUUCAUCACCAUUGAACCAUUUGAUGCACCUGGAACUACAUUAAAGGCAAUGUAUGACAGAUCAUUCCCGGCUGAAGAGUACGAUAACAAGGAUGUUGACGAUAAUUGUGGACUGAUGUACCUUAACGAGGCUACGCUCCUCAACAAUCUCAAGAUGAGAUAUCUAAAAAAUAAAAUCUAUACAUUCACAGCAAACAUUCUGAUAGCACUGAAUCCGUAUGCCAAGAUUCCAGACCUGUACUCCUCUGAUUGUCGGCACAAGUAUAAAGGGAAGUCACUUGGGACCAUGCCUCCACACGUAUAUGCUAUAGCGGAUAAAGCAUACCGUGACAUGAAGGUGAACAAAGCCAGCCAGUCGAUCAUUGUCUCGGGGGAAUCUGGUGCCGGAAAGACUGAGUCAACCAAAUAUAUCCUGAAGUAUCUCACAGACAACUGGGGAACUAAGGCUGGUCCUAUAGAACAAAGAAUUAUAGAAUCUAAUCCUCUCCUAGAAGCAUUUGGUAAUGCAAAGACAGUCAGAAAUAAUAACAGUAGUAGAUUUGGAAAGUUUAUAGAAAUCCAUUUUGAUAACAAGUUUCUAGUAGCAGGAGGUUUUAUAUCUCACUAUCUGCUAGAAAAGUCCCGUAUUUGUGUUCAAAGCAAAGAAGAAAGGAACUAUCAUAUAUUUUAUCGCAUGUGUGCUGGCGCACCACCGGAUCUCUUCAAGAAGCUUCAGCUAGCUGCACCGGACCAGUUCUUUUAUCUGUCUCGUGGAAACAGUCAGUACUUUACCACUAGAGAAACAGAGAAGUCCCUUGGAAAUGAAAGGAAAAGUCAGAUGUUUCUAAAGAAUGGCAGUCUACAUGACCCAGUCCUAGAUGAUGCAAGAGACUUUAAGGUAUGUGAUGACGCAAUGAACCAUCUCGGUAUGACGGAAGAUGAGAGAUUCUCAGUUUACACGAUAGUGGCCUCAGUUCUACAUCUUGGGAAUAUCAGCUUUGAAGACAACCAUGAGGAUACCAAAGGUGGCUGUAUAAUCACAGCUAACUCAGAAAAGUCACUGCAGAUUUCAGCAGUACUGUUAGGGGUGGAGAAGGAAGAAUUAAGGGAGGCACUUGUCACUCGAGUGAUGCAGGCAACAAGGGGUGGAGUCAAGGGAACAGCCAUCAAGGCUUUAGCCAACAAAGAUCAUGGAGAAGUUAUUAUGGUUCCACUGAAAAAGUAUGAAGCAUCAAGUGCACGAGAUGCCCUAGCGAAGGCUGUGUAUUCUAGACUGUUUGACUACAUUGUGUUGAGAGUAAACAAAGCCAUUCCUUUUGCAAGCUCAUGCAGUUUCAUUGGUCUUCUGGAUAUUGCUGGCUUUGAGUAUUUCCAGGUGAAUAGCUUUGAGCAGUUUUGUAUCAACUACUGUAAUGAGAAACUGCAACAGUUCUUCAAUGACAGAAUUCUGAAAGAGGAACAACUUCUGUAUGAGAAGGAAGGGCUGAAUGUAAAGAAAAUCAAAUGGACAGAUAACUCUGACUGUAUAGAAUUGAUAGAGCAGAAGAGUAAGGGUAUAUUUGACCUUCUUGAUGAGGAGAGCAAACUGCCAACACCUAAACCUGAUCACUUCACAAUGGAAGUACAUAACAGGAACAAGGACCAUUUCAGACUCAGUAUUCCAAGGAAAUCCAAACUGAAGUCACAUCGAGAUGUACGUGAUGACGAGGGUUUCCUCAUCAGACAUUUUGCUGGUGCUGUCUGCUACCAUACUGCCCAGUUUAUAGAGAAGAACAACGAUGCCCUUCAUGCAUCCCUGGAGUUCCUGUUCCGAGAGAGCAACAACAAACUACUGAAGCAGAUGUUUGAGGCUGUAGAAGUCUCAACUGGCAAGUUGAACUUUAUCAGCGUUGGAAGCAAGUUCCGGUCACAGCUUGUUGUUCUCAUGGAAAAACUUAAAGCAACUGGGACAAACUUUGUACGAUGUAUCAAGCCUAACAGUAAAAUGGCGGACCAUCUGGCUGAGGGGGCAUCUAUAAUGAGUCAGCUGGAAUGCGCAGGUAUGAAUGCUGUGUUAGACCUCAUGCAGCAAGGUUUUCCUUCAAGAACACAGUUCUCGGAGUUGUACAAUAUGUAUAAGAAGUACCUGCCCCCAGAUCUAGCUCGUCUUGAUCCUAGACUGUUCUGCAAGGCAUUGUUUAAAGCCCUUGGUCUGAAUGAAAACGAUUUCAAGUUUGGUUUGACCAAAGUAUUCUUCAGACCGGGAAAGUUUGCUGAGUUUGACCAGAUAAUGAAGAGUGACCCAGAGAAUCUGGCGGCCCUCAUCGCCAAGGUGCGCCGCUGGCUUCUGUGCUCGAGGUGGAAGAAAGCACAGUGGUGUACUCUGUCUGUCAUCAAACUAAAGAACAAAAUUAUAUGGAGAAAAGAGAGACUUGUUACCAUCCAGAAAACAGUUAGAAUGUGGACAAUUGCCAGAAAAUUCAAACCCAAAUAUGAAGUAAUUACGAAGGUGAAGGCCACAAUGAGCCAGUUGACCUUGAUGAAUGACAUUGUAUCGAAGAUGAAGAAGGACAAGGAAUCAGCUGCCUCCAAGGUCAAGGAGAUUGAGACUGCUCUCACUGGUCUUAUUCACAAAAUCAGGACGACUGACAUGACGCGAGCUCAGAUGGAUAAUGCACAUCAGGAUCUUAUCAACAAGAUGAACCGUAACCUUGACGACCUGAAGAACCAGCUGGAACAACAGAAAGUGAAGGAAGAACAAGAGCGACUGAGGAAAAUACAGGAAGAAAUGGAGAGGGAGAGAAAGAGGAAGGAAGAAGAGGAGAGAAAGAGGAAACAAGAGGAAGAGGAAAGGAAAUUAAAAGCAGAGAUGGAAGCCAAAAGAAAGAAGGAAGAGGAGGAGAGAAAGAAGAGAGAAGCGGAAGAAAAGAAACAGCAGGAAAUUUUGCGAGUCCAGAAAGAGAAAGAACGGCAAGAACAAGCAGAAAGACAGGCUAUCAUUGAGCAGGAGCGUCGUGACAGAGAGAUUGCCUUGCGUCUUGCCGCUGAAGAUCAGAAUCAAGUUGAGGAUGUUACACUACCACCCCUUGUUAGUGGUGAACUGCCCAAAUCUGGUAGUGGUACCAACCUAGUGGCGGGUGGUAAGAACAACCCAUGGGUCAUCGACAACUCUGUGAGGUCUGAAGCUGUAAUGGCGCAGCGUGCCGCCGCGGCCGGUCAGAAGCAUGACUUGUCCAAGUGGAAGUAUGCAGAGUUAAGAGAUGCCAUCAAUACAUCUUGUGACAUGGAUCUGUUAGACGCUUGUCGUUACGAGUUUCAUCGCCGACUCAAGGUUUAUCAUGCAUGGAAAUCCAAGAACAAGAAACAAGGUGGUAAAUCUGACGAUCAGCAAAGGGCACCUACACAAGUCACAAAAGAAGCGGAGACCGUUGUUGCACCACCGCCACAGUCUAGAGCCAGGCAGAGUGAGGAGAAUGGAAUCCAGCGAUUCUUUAAGAUCCCCUUUGCUAGGCCAGCUGAUGAGUAUCGUGAAGGUGGACAUCAUCAAGGCAUGUGGUACGCACAUUUUGAUGGGAAGUGGAUCGCCAGACAGAUGGAGGUUUAUCCGGAAAGACCGCCUAUAUUGAUGAUAUCAGGUGUAGAUGAUCUUAAUAUGUGUGAGCUCAGUGUUGAAGAAACUGGACUGACAAAGAAAAAAGGAGCAGAAAUUCUUGGCCGUGAAUUUGAGCAAGAGUGGAACAAAAGUGGUGGCUCAGAUUAUCUGAGGAAAAACUCCAACAAAGUUACAUCAAAAUUUCUACAAAAAAGACUUGGUAUAGCAAAAUAAAUAUAGGCACAAAAUGAACACUAAAAUUAUAUAGAACUCUAUAGCUGUUAUUGGCACUUGUUAUUAUACAAAGACAGGUUGUGUUUUGUUUUUUAAAGUUUACAUUUUGUGAAGUGAAAUGUAGUGCAUUUUUAUGUUGUAGAUUUUGAGUAUUGUAGCUUACAGUUUUAUGUAGGAAACCAAAGGGAAAGUGGAUUGUAGUCACAUGGAAUUCAGGUGUACUUAAAUCACAUUUCUGUUAUUUUUCUUUAUCAUGCUUAUUGUGACAAUAUGCUUACAGGAGCAAAUUUUAUGUGGGCUAAAUUUGUGUUUUUACACUGUUUUCUUUUGAAUGUAUAAUUGGCUUGUGUAUAGAAAAAUCACUUCUGAGAAAUAGUCAUUUAAGUUACGAAACUGUAUCAAAUGCUGGCCUAGUUGGCGGCCUACUAUUAAAGAUAUUUUGCUUUCAGUUUUAAGAUUUUGUUUAGGAGUGGCCUUUUGAAGAUGUUUAAUAUUUUGAUUUAUACAUAUUUAUAUGUGAUCUUUUUGUAUUAAUUCAGAAUUUGAUUUUGCAACCAUGGCAGGCCAUGGGUUAUUUUUUUGGAAGUUCUUGCAGUUUUUAAAAGAGCUGAAAAAUAUACUAUAGAUUUCAUAUACAUGUACCUGAAUUCUAGCACAAUUUUCUCUGGCCUUAUAAAUUACUAAUGGUUGAGAAAAAUAAAGAGCACAGUGCAAAGGGGAUCUUUAACUCCAAUAUCAAACCUGUUGUUUCAGACCACAUAUGUAUGAGUCAAGCAUCUUUUUUGAAGAAUGCACUAUCCAUUUUUGUCUCCACCUCUAUUUGAUGUGAGGAACUUGUGACAUGAUAGGUAUUCAUGUAUAUACAAUUUCUCAACCACAAACUUAACACAUUCCAUUUAAUAUAUAUUUAUUAUUUGUACCAAAAUGCAUUACCUGUGAAGAGGGAACACAAUUUUUAAGUGUAAAACUUAGCUUAUACCAGAAGCAGAAUGACUGUCUUACCUGUUGAUUAUUGUUUAUAUAUGAUCUAUUUAUUUUGAACGAGUCUUCAUUAUAGCCUGAUAAAGGAAUGAAUUGUGUUGAUUUACAGCAAAAAUGUUCUAACAUUUUCAGCUGAUAUUAUGACAGAAAUAUAGAUAGAACAUCUUAAAUACUAAUGCUGAGAAAACAUUUCUGCAUUUACCACAUGAUUUUCUGUUUACACAACAUAAACAAGUAUGCAUUACUGAUACACAAAAAAUACAGUCAUGAAUUUAUUAUUUUGCGAAACAUAGUUAAAUUGUAAAUAGUCUAACUUAACUAGUUAAUCCUGAAAUUAUUGAUCUAGCUGUGUCACUACUACUUGACUGAAGACUGCAUUUUUUAUGCUUACAGAAGAGAAACUAACUUUGCAUAGUUGACACCUGGCUUUAAUUUAUGUUGUGUUUUGCCUGUCAGAUUCCUUUUUUCUACGUUGAUUUGUGUGUUUGUUAAGUCUCAGUUAGUAUUGUGAUAAUUACAAGGAUUGAUUUUUCUCUUCUGUUUACACAACAUAAACAAGUAUGCAUUACUGAUACACAAAAAAUACAGUCACGAAUUUAUUAUUUUGCGAAACAUAGUUAAAUUGUAAAUAGUCUAACUUAACUAGUUAAUCCUGAAAUUAUUGAUCUAGCUGUGUCACUACUACUUGACUGAAGACUGCAUUUUUUAUGCUUACAGAAGAGAAACUAACUUUGCAUAGUUGACACCUGGCUUUAAUUUAUGUUGUGUUUUGCCUGUCAGAUUCCUUUUUUCUACGUUGAUUUUUGUGUUUGUUAAGUCUCAGUUAGUAUUGUGAUAAUUACAAGGAUUGAUUUUUCUCUGUAUUGUGUUAGAUCUCCUCGUUUUCUUUUUAGUGUUAGUAGCCAAAAGAUAAACUUACUAAGUUUAGGAUAUUUAUGUUCUUAUUGUUGUAUCAUUAACAUACAUAUGUUGUAUUGUUGGAUUCAGGAUGGGGACUUGCUGCCUUAAAAUCAGUAUUCUGUUUUUACCUAUGUUUGAGGCUGAAAGUUUUAAAGGUUAAGGUCUUGAGUUUCAGUGACAGAAUGUUUUCUUUUUUUGCAUUAUUUUGAAAUUUCUAAAAUAAAAAACCAUCUAUUUUAGAAAGUUUAACCUCUAUUGACCAAAAUUAUAAAUUCUGAUAGGCAGUGUCUGUGUGACCAACCAAAAUUCUAAAUUCUGAUAGGCAGUGUCUGUGUGACCAAAAAUAUUUAUGAUGUCUUAUUUGAUGUUUUGUUUGUUGUCAUAAUAGGUGUUGUAUUUGAUGUCAUAAAUGAUAUCUUAACAAUGUCAUUUUGAUAUCAUUUUUUUCUACUUACUUUUAACAUGCCUAAGUUUUGAACUAUUUACAGUUCAUAUAAUUUCUAGUUGUGAUAUGUUAUAAAGUGAUAGAGUAAUUCUAGGUUGUUUUUGUUUGCUGUUAAAACUUACAAGUAGAGAUAGAAACCCAUUGUUUACAAGUUUAUACAGUAGAACUCGUGCAGAGAUUGAGUUGCCAGGCAUAAAGCUAUCAAAAAUAAGACAAAAACACAUGCAAACCACAUGUUGAAAAGUCAUUUGUUGUGUAAUACAGUAGACACCAUGUAUGUGAUAUAGUUUACAUUACAAAUAUAUAUAAGAACUGAUUUAAUGCUAGAUUUGUAUAGAAUUUUUGCCUAAGAUUGCAUGUACAUUUUUGAUAUGGACAGAAAUUUUGAUAUCCUCCUUUUUGAACUUCCUGUAGUUGCUGCAUUAUAUAGAAUUGUGUGGGUGAAGGACAUUUUACUCUGAUUAUUAGUGUGAGCUAGAACUCGUGAAGGUUCUCAUUGUUAGAAUCUAUUUUAAAUUAUAUUUUUUGGAUAAUUAGUGAUAGUAAAAAAUUUUAGUGAGCCGAUUUUCGUUUUUAGCUCGACUAUUCGAAGAAUAAGUAGAGCUAUCCUACUCACCACGGCGUCGGCGUCGGCAUCAGCGUCACACCCUGGUUAAGUUUUUCGUACCAGUCCACAUUCUGACAAAGUCUUUUGAGAUAAAGCUUUGAAACUUUCAACACUUGUUUACCAUCACCAUGUCCAGUUAUAGGCAAGAGUAUAUAACUCUGUCAAGCAUUUUGACUGAAUUAUGGCCCCUUUUGACUUAGAAAUCUUGGUUAAGUUUUUCGUACCAGUUCAUAUUUUGGCAAAGUCUUUUGAGAUAAAGCUUUGAAACUUUCAACACUUGUUUACCAUCAUCAUGUCCAGUUGUAGGCAAGAGUACAUAACUCCAUCAAGCAUUUUGGUUGAAUUAUUGCCCCUUUUUUACUUAGAAAUCUUGGUUAAGUUUUUCGUACCAGUCUACAUUUUGACAAAGUCUUUUGAGAUAAAGCUUUGAAACUUUCAACACUUGUUUACCAUCACCAUAUCCAGUUGUAGGCAAGAGUACAUAACUCCAUCAAGCAUUUUGGCUGAAUUAUGGCCCCUUCUGACUUAGAAGUCUUGGUUAAGUUUUUCGUACCAGUUUAUAUUUUGUGUAAAGUGUUUGACAUAUGGCUUUGAAACUUUUAUAUCUUGUUCAGUAUUAUAGUCUCUAUCAAUAGGCAAGAGUACAUAACUCUGUCAUCUUUUUUGGCUGAAUUACGGCCCUUUUUGAACUUGGAAAUUGGUUCUGUUUUCAUAUAUGUCCAUGUUUUGUCAAGACUAUUUGACAUAUGGCUUUUAAACUUUAAAAACUUGUUUAUCAUUAUGAUUUCCAUCUGCAGGCAAGAGUACAUAACUCUUGACAACUAUUUUGGCUGAAUUAUGGCCCUUUUUGGACUUUGAAAUUUUUGUCAAAAUAUUUGAACUGUGGCUUUGAAACUGUUAACACUAGUAUAUCAACAUGAUUUCCAUCUGUAGGCAAGUGUACAUAACUCAGUCAACUAUUUUGACUGAAUUAUGACCCUUUUUGGACUUGGAAAUUAGUUAAACUUUUCAUACAAGUCUGUGUUUGCCUAACAUAUAACUUAAUAACAUAUUUGCCAUCAUGGUCACACAUUGCCACUUAGUGCAAGACUAAUCGAAAUCCACAAAUACAGGAAAAUUUUUCGUUUAAUCCAUUUUUUUCUUUUGUCUGAAAAUCUAUGGAAAUAUUUUGACCCCAUUCUUCAAUCAAUUCUUCGAAUAGUCGAGCGCGCUGUCAUCCGACAGCUCUUGUUUAACAUUCUUUUCAUACAUGGCAUAUUUCAACUGAAAUAUUUCGUUUCUUUGAAUCAUGUUUUACUUGUAAUAUUGUAGUAGCUUAAUUGUUGCCCCUAUUUUCAUACUUUCUACUUUGUAAAAAAGAGAAUAUUUUUCUGAAUAUAGAUAUUUGGACAUUGGACCAUGGGCUGUUUUUGGAGAGCCUGCCAUUGUAUGUUAGUAUAAAGUUGACUAGGGACAAAUUUACAUGCAUUUAAAUUGUGUCAGUGUAUUUGUUAUUUGUUGAAAUUGGACCAGAAGUCAUGUUAUGAAGAUGGGUCAUUUUAUAAGAUUUUCCUUGUGUGAUUGUGAUACUUGUAAACACAAGAAAUAGAGUAGUUGCUGUCUGAUUCUUGAGUGUUUGUUAAUAUGUAGUUUAAUCACUAAACACAAUAAUAAUGUCUGUUCAAAUUGUUGCGAUAAAUUUAUCUAGUUGCUUCAUACACAUAAUUCUACAUGUGUAAGACUUCAGGUAUAGGUGUUACAAGUACAUUUUGAAUAUGUAUUCUUAAUUGAAGAUUUUAAUUUUUGGAAUUUUUACACCUCAGAUGCAUAUUGAAAUUGAGAAGGAAGUCCUAUUCGAAUAAAUACCUAGUGAGAACUGCCUUUUGUCAAAUUUUUCCUUCAAAUCUACAUUUUGAAAUGACCUAAUUGUUGAGAAUCCACCCUAUUUUAAUACUCCAUAUUUAACAAUAUUUAUAAGAUAUGUACCCUGUUUUGUAUGUAUUUAUUGUUCACAUAGUUGUUGUAUGUAUCCCUGUUGAACAACUAAUUUUCAUGCUUCACAUAUCAAGUGACCUUCAGAUUUCUAGUAUAUUUAGUGUACUGUUGUUAUCUAUAUGCAGCUAUAAAAUCAGUAAAAGAACAAAUAUAAGAUAAAUAUUUAAGAGCAUGAUCCCAGAUAUACAGCAGAGUAAAAACCAUGUGAAACAGAUUGUAGCUUCUAUGAAUUUCCAAAUUCUUAUAUCAAUUCUAUUCAAGUUAGCAGAUUUACCAUAGUUUGUAAAUGAGUGUAGUGCUUUAGUGUUUAAGUACUGUAAAGUAAGAAAUGAAAGUGCUAUACUGAAGCAAUCUGACUAAAGUGCUUGAUCUUCUAAACGAAGAUCUGAGAACGACCCAUUCACAUUCGUCUUCUGUAUAUUUUGGAUUUCCAUUAUUGCUAUUUUUAUGUUAUCCAAUCAGACGACUUGUUCGAUUGUCAAAGAGUAAGAAAAAUAUGCAGUUAUUCCAGGACUCGAACCCGGGACCUCUCGCUUACAAAGCAAGUGGCCUACCGACUGAGCUAACCGGCUAUUUGAUACAUUACGACAUAAGAAUUGUAAAUAUCAAAAGUCAAUGCUUCAGGUAGAUUUGCAAGAUGUUGUAAGCUAGGCUCUGAUUGGCUAGUGAAAGGGCCGUCAGAACGGGGCAAUGAAUAGGUCGUUUUCAGAUCCUAUGCGUAGCGUAAUAGGAGAUGUACUUUAGUCAGAUUGAUACUGAAGGUAUGUCUCUAUAAUAUUGCUAGAGUGAAAUGAUGCAACAAGUUAAGUCUGGAUGUAAGGUAGUUUGUUUAUGUUAUAUUAUGAUAAAGAGCAGGAUACGGUAAAAAUGUUCCAAGUCAACAAGACAUACAACAGUACCACAUAUAUGCUAGAAACAUCACAUCCCUUUUACAGAUUUAUAAAGUAUAUAUGAAAUUUCAGCUAGGUUCUAGUGGAAAUGGUUUAUUGUAAUGUAAAUGAAAAUAGCUUCAAAUCAAAAUAUGUUGUGCCUUCUGUCAGUCUAAAUGUGAGGAGCUAUCAGCAUACCACUGACUGACUAACAGACUACAGUAUAAAAAACAUAAUCAUCAGAAACAAAAUGAUAUUUUGGACUUUAUUGUUUUGAAAUGCCUUGUCCUGUAAUCAUUUCACAUUCAUAAAGUUACUAUUUUGAUUUGAUGUUUUAUUAUACAUAUUCAAAAUUGGGAGGAUGAGCAUCAAGUCAGUUAGCAGAGCUUGGAGAAGUUAGCUUUCAUUCUGUUGUAUAUACUUAGUGAUGGGAUGGGUUUUAAAAGGGGACAUGGUUGAAAUAAUGUAAUCAAUCAGGUUGGUGAUGCAAGAAAUAAAACUGAACCUACUUGAAGAAAUGUAUCAUGUAACCAGUUGAUUUUGCAGGUACAAGUAAUUAAACAAAUCCGGUUUGCUGAUACAAGCUCUUUGGAAGCAAUGUUAUUGUUGCAUUUUGUGAGUUAUGAUUUUGUCAUUGUAUACAUGUGAGUCACUGCUUAUACAAAACCAUGAAAACCAAAUAAAGAAUAUUGUGACUGUAUGGAUUCACAAAAGAGA